AUGGCGUUAUCAACUCCUCCACAAAUACAGAGAUUCCUCUUAACCAAACUCCAUAAACGCUCCUCCACCACCUCUUCCAAAUCCAACAACCUCCACAAAAAUAGAACCAUAAACAUCUUCAGUGCCAUCACCAACAACCGAAGAAGCCGGUGCUACUCUGCCAUAGCCAUUGACGCACCUUCCUCUUUGACGGACUCUCCUCCUAUUAGAUGGGGAUCCGUUUCCUUGCAAGGUCCACGCGAAGAAAUGGAAGAUGAUAUUCUUCUUCGACCCGAUUGUCUUCAAGGUUAUUCUUUCGCUGCUGUGUUUGAUGGCCAUGGAGGGUUUGCGUCUGUCCAGUUUCUCAGGGAUGAACUAUACAAGGAGUGUUUUGAAGCUCUACAAGGUGGGUUAGUAUUGCUUGGGAAAGAUUACAAAGCUGUUGAAGAAGCAAUAAAACAGGCAUUUGCAAAGGCAGAUACGAGUUUGUUGAAAUGGCUUGAAAUGAAAGGGGGAGAGGAGGAUGAAUCAGGUGCUACAGCAACUGCCAUAUUCCUUGGGGAUAAUAAGCUGCUAAUUUCACAUAUUGGUGACUCAUCUGUGGUUUUAUGCAGAUCUGGAAAACCAGAAUUGCUGACUAGUCCUCACCGUCCCUAUGGGAGCAACAAGGCUUCUCUUCAAGAAAUCAAAAGAAUCAGAGAAGCAGGUGGAUGGAUUGUCAAUGGUAGGAUUUGUGGAGAUAUCGCUGUAUCUCGUGCAUUUGGGGACAUUCGAUUCAAAACGAAGAAGAAUGAGAUGCUAAGAAAAGGAGUUCAGGAAGGAAGAUGGACAGAAAAGUUCAUUUCUCGUGUACAAUUCAACGACGACUUGGUUGUUGCACGCCCUGAUAUUUAUCAAGUAUCUCUUGGCUCAGAUGCAGAAUUUAUAGUCUUAGCAUCCGAUGGCUUAUGGGAUUACAUGAGCAGCUCAGAUGCAGUUUCUUUUGUGAGGGAGCAACUACGAAAACAUGGAAACACACAGCUAGCUUGUGAAUCCCUUGCACAAGUCGUUUUGGACCAACGUACACAGGAUAAUGUCAGCAUUAUAAUUGCCGAUCUAGGGAAGACAGAUUGGAAGACAGUGCCACUGCAGAAACAAAAUGUCAUAGUUGAGCUUGUCCAAGCCAUCGCCACGGUUGGAAUUGUGUCUAUUGGAAUCUGGUUUUCAUCACAGCUUUCUUUAUAG